CCGACCCUCCAGCCACAGGUAUGAUUUUUCUACCUUUGACUGCGUUUUCGCUGGAGAGAGAAAACGAGUCGGCGUGCGAUAUGUCUCACUUCGAUGUAUCUGAAGACGAAUCAAGGAAUGCAAUAAAAUCACCUACCCAUCACUUUUUUUCCCACAACUCAACUAAUACAUCGAAGUCGAAUCAAGGAAUGCAAUACAAUCAGAACACCAUACAGCCGACCCUCCAGCCACAGGUAUGAUUUUUCUACCUUUGACUGCGUUUUCGCUGGAGAGAGAAAACGAGUCGGCGUGCGAUAUGUCUCACUUCGAUGUAUCUGAAGACGAAUCAAGGAAUGCAAUAAAAUCACCUACCCAUCACUUUUUUUCCCACAACUCAACUAAUACAUCGAAGUCGAAUCAAGGAAUGCAAUACAAUCAGAACACCAUACAGCCGACCCUCCAGCCACAGGUAUGAUUUUUCUACCUUUGACUGCGUUUUCGCUCGAGAGAGAAAACGAGUCGGCGUGCGAUGUCUCACUUCAAUGUAUCUGAAGACGAAUCAAGGAAUGCAAUAAAAUCACCUAUCCACCACUCUUUUUCCCACAACUCAACUAAUGUCGGCACCCAUGAUCUCCAUCUCCUCCGAUGUCAUCGAUUUUGUAGUGCACAAAGGGAACGGAGUAACGGGUCUGGCAGAGGUCGGCCUUCAAAUCGUUCCUGAUCAAUACAUCCAACCUCUGGAAGAAAGACUCGACCCAAGCAAAGUCGAGACCGACGACUCCAUACCCAUAAUUGAUGUCUCAAAUUGGGAUGAUCCCAAGGUGGCAGAAUCAAUCUGCGAUGCUGCUAGCAAGUGGGGCUUCUUCCAGAUACUCAAUCACGGGGUGCCCUUGGAGGUUCUUGAGGCCUUGAAGAAUGCUGCUCGUACGUUCUUUGAGCUGCCAGUUGAGGAGAGGAAAAAGUAUCUGAGAGAAAAUUCGCCAUCGCAAGUCGUGUGCUUGUCUACGAGCUUUAGUCCUCAAGCCGAGAAAGUCCUAGAGUGGAAAGAUUUCCUUACACUCUUGUGGGUGUCUGAGAAUGAGGCUUCUGCAUUUUGGCCUCCUGCAUGCAAGGAUCAAGCAAUAGAAUACAUGAAAAAGGCUGAACUUGUGAUCAGAAGGCUGUUAGAGGUACUAUUGAAGAGACUUGGCGUUAAAGAAAUUGACAAAGCAAAAGAAUACAUGUUAAUGGGUGAACUGAGGCUUAACCUCAAUUAUUACCCGAGAUGUCCAAACCCCGACCUCACGGCUGGAGUAGGUUGUCACUCUGACAUAUCGGCAAUAACCGUCCUCCUUCAAGACGAGACUGGUGGGCUUUACGUGCGAGGAACUAAAGAGGAUAGUUGGAUCCAUGUUCCCCCGGUUGAGGGGGCUCUUGUCAUCAACAUUGGGGAUGUGCUGCAGAUACUGAGCAAUGACAAGUACAAGAGCAUUGAGCACCGGGCAUUUGCAAAUAGAGACAAGAAUAGAGUUUCCAUCCCAAUUUUUGUGAACCCAGGAUCUGAUGCCAUUGUUGGACCUUUGCAGGAAGUGUUGGAAAGUGGACAGAAACCAAUAUACAAGCAAGUUGUCUUCUCAGAUUACUUCAAACAUUUCUUCAGUAAAGGUCACGAUGGAAAGAAAACCAUGAAAUUUGCCAAAAUAUGACAUGUACACUUUCUAUUGCACUUGAAUAAAUACAUGCAGGCAGUAUUGUCUUCUUAGAUUGGUUAAAGUUUAUUGCCUGCAUUUUUUGUUGUUUGACGCGAAUAAAAAAUACAUGCAUUCAGACAAGAAGUAGCUAGAUGCUAUGCAAUCCACUCAUUGAACAGAACAGGAGCAGCUGGAACGGUGGAAACAUUCUAAGCGCAUCCAUUAUUCUUUUGGAAAUAGAAGCCAAUUCUUCACAAUAGGGAGCACUUACAGAUUGAUACCCUCUGAACCUUCGGACUCAGUUUCAGGACUUCAAUUGUAAAAUUCAGUACUAUUACUGGUGGAACAUAUCAAGCAAUAUCUAAUAAAUGGUGAAACUUCAUUUUGGCA